CUCCUUGGGGCAGAGUUUGGGAUGCCAGGUGACUGUCAGCCUGGAGCCUUUUAUUGCUGCCCCUGCCUUUGCAGACCCCUGGGGACAGCCAUGGCAGGGGAUGGGGAACUCAACCGCAUCAUCAAGGACCUGCAAAAGACUGUGAGUGAGCUGAACCACUGCUACCGGGAGCAGAACCUGCCAGUGACAGACGGGAGCCGGGAGCUGCACAGCCUCUGUGCCCAGUUGGAGUUCCUCCUCCAGUUUGACCUCAAGGAAAAGAAGAGCUUCUUUGGUCAGCGCAAGGACUAUUGGGACUUCUUGUGCCAGGGCCUGGCGCAGCGCCGGCAGGAACAUGAGGGCAUUCGCUUCGUCACCUCCCUGGACAAGCUGAAGACCCCAGUGGGCAGGGGCCGAGCCUUCCUGCGGUACUGCCUGGUGCACCGGCAGCUGGCAGAGUCCCUGCAGCUCUGCCUCCUCGACCCCGAGAGCCUUCGUGAGUGGUACUACGCCCGCAGCCCCUUCCUGAGCCCCCAGCACCGGGCAGAGAUCCUGGGCAGCCUGUACGAGCUGGACUGUGUCACCUUCCACCUGGCCCUGUGCAGAGAUGACCUGGACACUGCCUGGCCCAUGUUCUCUGAGACACUGGUACGACCCAGCUUGGUGGCUGGGAGCAGCCUGGCAAAGACAGCCCCACAGGCAGAUGAUACUGACACCAGGAUGCAUGGAUGGCCUGAUGGCAUCGCCCAUCCCACCACAGCACCCUGUAAGGUGCCAGCUUACCCAUGCUCACCCACCUUGGCUGUCCUGGGGACAGGGGGUGUAGAGGUGGGGGAUGUGGAAAGGAAUGUGGAGGAUGUGGAAGAGGAAGAAGAGGUGGAGAAGGAUGAAGAAGAGGAGGUGGAAUGGGAUGAUGGAAAGGAAUUUGAGGAGGAUGAGAAGGAGAUGGAAGAUGAGGAGGAGGUGGAGGUAAAUGUGAAGAAGGAUGUGGAAGUAGAGGAGGAUGUGGAAGACGAUGAUGAAGAGGAGUCAGACAAGGAUGAGGAGGAGCUGGAGGACAUGGAUGCAGAGGAGCUGGAGGACACACACAGUACUGGCAAAGCACCCCAGCCUGAUGGGGACAGGGAUUCUGGCGCAUCACCACCACCACCCAGCAUAGGGUGUGUGAUGGGCUCCCCAGAGCCCAGGCAGCCAGGUGGGACAGAGGAGUCCCUGCGGGCACUGGUGUCCCAUCUGCAGGCUGAGCUGGGGCAGUGGAAGGUAUCAUCCAGGGCACUGGCAGCCCGGCUGGCACGGGAGGAGCAGCGGCACAGGAGGCAGGAGGAGGGCAGCGCGCGGCGGGCCCAGCUGCUGGCACGGGAGGCCGAGGCUCUGCGGGACACCAACACCUUCCUGGGACAGGCACUGGUGGCAGCGGUGGGAGUGGGGGGACCGGGGGCACUGGCGCAGGCACAGGAGGAGGCACGGGGCUGGCGGGAGGUGGCAAAGGAGCAGGGUGCCCGGCUGGCCAUGGCACAGGCAGAGCUGGCAGCUGUGUCCUCACACCUGCGGGAAUGCCAGGUGGCACUGGCAGCAGCGGGACAAACGGACAUGCCAAAGGAUGCCGGUGCCCCAGAUGAGGUGGCUGCCGUGGAGGAGGUGCUGCGGCAGGCACUGGAGAUUGCGGGCGGUCCCCAGGAUUCCCUGCCAGAACAACAGGCAGAUGUGGAGCCCAGCACAGCCACCAGCAUGGCCAUGCGCUUGGCCACCCUCGCCGCAGCAGCAGGGGAGGAGGCCUGGCAGAGCCGGCAGCAGCUCCAGACCAAGAGGCAAGAGGUGGCACAGCUGCAGGAGCAACUCAGCAGGGCCCGGCAGGAUGGCGAGCGCUGGGCAUCGGCUCUGCAGCGGGCACAGCGAGAGGCUCUGGAGCGGGAAGCCACACGUGGCGCCGAGCAGGCACGGCAGCAGGAGCUCAUCCGGGACAUGAAGGGGCGGCUGCUGGAGCUGCUGCGGGAGAAGGAUGCCCUAUGGCAGAAGACAGAGGGCAUCAACACCGCGAUGCCCAGCCCAGCGCCCCGUGAUGCAGGGCUGUGCACCCGCUGCCACAAGGAUUUCCGCCUCCUCUCCCGGCGGUACAACUGCAGGUUAUGCCAGGGUAAGGUAUGCCACGCGUGCUCUGUGGACAUGGGCAAGCAGGGGCGCUGCUGCCUGCUUUGCUACCAGCAAAGGCACCCCCAGGCUGUGUGAGUCAGGACUGCAAUCCUUACGCUGGGCCUGGAAUACCCCCUGCCCUGACUGCCUCCUCUCAGAC